AUGGUCGCUCACAAGGACCAGUCCUCCGCCAUUUGCGAGAAGGCGAUCCGAAAGUACCACGAGAUCACGGGGGAGACUCUCGGGGUUGACUUCCUCAAGAUUCAAAAUGUCAGCGAUCUCACCAAAGAAAUCGAACAGAGGAACAACACCUUUCGCGACUUCCGCGAAAAACGAGGUGCUAUAUUCGAUGUUCUCGAGUCGGCCCUGAUUUCCGUGCAAUUUUUCACCAACCUCGCGGCUGGGGGCGUAUCGAUGGCAUUCCCUCCCAGCUGUCUCGUCUUCGGGGCGGUGAUGCACUUGGUGGAUGCUGCAAAGGGGGUGUCGGCCUCGUAUGACGCGAUUCAGGACUUGAUGCAAAUGCUACAGGAUUUCACUAUCCGACUCAAAGCAUACACACAAGAAGCCAUUUCCGAGGCUUUAAGCGACAAGCUGAGCGAUGUCAUUGUCACACUUAUUGAGAUUUUUGCCUUGUCAUCUAAGACCAUCCGACGAGGCCGACUGCUUAAGUACACCCGGAAUAUUAUAUUUGGCAAUGACGAUGCUAUCCAGGCUGCGGUGGUCAGGCUUGACAAACUCACCCAGGUCGAAGCGAACCUAGUGGGAGCUGAGACCUUGACCGAAUCAAAGAGAGCCGGUCGUGUAGUUGAUGGUAUUUCUGUGACCGUCGACGCCACCAACGCGAAUGUGCUGGAGACCAAGGCUACGGUGGAUCAGAUGAGCGAACAGGUACUCGAGGUGCAGGAGAUGGUCGAGAAACUGAUGGUUUCCGCAAAUGGGCAAAGGCAGAAUACCUUCGAGGAUGAACAAGCCCUGCAAGCAAUUGUCAAGCAGGCCCUUAUGCCAUCGAUGGUUGAUUCAGCGCAGGAAUGGUUCGACAAGAUCCACAAGGCCCGUGUACCGGGCACGGGAGACUGGGUCCAUAAGGAUGAUGUUUUCCAGUCCUGGAUCAAUAAGCAAUCGCCGGUAAUUUUUGUGUCUGGAAAUCCAGGUUCAGGCAAGUCAUUUCUGGCGGCAAAUAUGAUCAGUUUCCUUCUUGAGCAGUUCCCCAGGGGCCUUCGGGACAGCCCGACGAUUUCGAUCGGCUACUUCUUCUUCAAGGGUGACAACCCCCAUACAAGAUCCUUUCAUCAGGCUUUGCGAGACGUGGCCUUUCAAAUCAGUAAGAACGACGCAGGGUACCGAAGAUACCUCGGGUCUAUCGAGGAAUACGAACAGAUUAGCACCCUUGAAAGUGCAUGGCGUCUCCUCUUUGUUGAAUACUUUCUCAAAAAGCCCGAUAUGGAGAGUACCGUGUAUAUCCUCCUGGAUGCAGUGGACGAAACUCUGGAUGAAGAGUGGGAGGUCUUCAUCGACCUCGCAAAGCAGUUGUAUGACAACCAGUCGUGUUUGCGACUAGCCAUUGUUGGCCGACCUUAUAUCAGCGACCAACUGCUCGAAGGCCUGGAGGUUAAGGUACCAACCCUUCAUGUCACUAAACAUAAGAACUCCAGCGAUAUUACCCAGUAUAUUCACGCCAGCAUCAAGAAGUCUCUGAUUUUGCGAAGGGUGUCGACAAAGCUCCGGAAUGAAAUGAUCGCUAAACUCUCGGCUGGGGCGGAAGGCAUGUUUCUUUGGGUAAACCUCAUGCUGCAGGAGUUAGCCAAGAAACGAAAUGAGAGCAGUAUGCGGAAAACACUGGAGCAGGCUCCCCGGGGACUUAGGGAGAUGCUCCGACAUGUCUUGGUCACAUUCUCUGAAAGAUCCCACGAGGAGGAGCUCGAGUACCUCAAUGAAACAUUGCUUUGGGUCACCUGCGCCGACCAACCAUGGAAACUGGCCGAUUUGGAAGCCAUUCUCAGAUUGAAGUCACCAGAAGGAGAUGGCAUGAUUGACCUCGAAGGAGCUAUGCGGCGCCAGUGGGCGUCAUUCUUCUCUCUGGACCGAGAGGAUGGGCUUACCACAGCUGAGCUAGAUAAUGGAUUAGCACAUCUAGACGCGUUCGAUUGGGGCGCCGACGAUGAGAAACAUGAUGGACACGAGAAUUCCGAGGAGGACUAUUUCAUGGAGUACAACUCAAAAAAGAGUACAACUGCCGUCACCUUCUGUCAUGCAUCCAUUGGCGACUUCCUCCGCGAUGAGUCGGAGGGCAAGGUGUCCGCUACGGGGGAUAACAUUGGUGUCGGUGUCAAUUACCAAGAAGCGAAAGCUCACAUCCUCCGGACUUACUUGAGGCUAAUUACAAAUCCCGACUUUGCGUCGAAAGCCGACGAUUCAGGGGAGAUGUUUGCACAUGCUGCGUGGGAUUGGCGCAACCAGCUACUCACCACUUCCGCAUCCAAGAGCUCGUUUGAAGAUAGACGAGAAAUUGCAAAGAUGCUAUUGAUGGCCUUCAGGUCGGAAGAAUCAAUGUCGAACUGGCUUCGGGGAGAUAAGUGGACUAUCUCUACUGCUACCAUUAAAGCUGUCCAACAAUGGUGGCAGGAGCAAGACGUCCGCGAGUGUUUAUCGCCGGAAGAGAAAGAAUUCAUCUCGCUCACGGAGGAGAACCCAGUCCAUUUAUUCAGACCAAUGGCUAUGUUCUGCAUAAAGAGGUUUCUGCAGGAAGACUUCCCUGGUCCUGGUCACAUGGUUUCUAUCGUCUGGCGCUACCAAAUGCUAGCUAAGGGCGAAGAGAUCCCCGAUGACGAUAGAAGCCUUACGACAGACGAGGUGAUUGAGGCCGCUGAGUUUGGUGGCUUUGAGAAAACCAGUCAGUGGUUUCAACGAUGUGCGAUGGCUCUGCGCGAAUCGGGGUGCCAAUCGGAGGCGCUGCAGUAUUUUGGAAAGGCAUUAGAGCUAGAUCCGGAGAAUUGGAGGACCCUGCGUGAGCUGGCACAAACAUAUGAUUGGCAAGAGGAUUGGCAGAAAUGCAUUGAGCUCUGGCAACGGGCUCGACUAAGUUUGUUGACCAUGAUUGCGGUGUCACCAGAGGACGGGACACUGAAAGGCCAUCUUCAUGAAUGUCUGGAGCGUAUGGGUUGGAUUUAUGAAGAACAGGAAGAUCGAGAGAAACGAUUCGAGGUGACUCAAGAGGCAUAUCAAUACGCACCCUGUUGCUGGGAUUGUCUCGAGGUCGUUCUGCGAUACCAUAACGACAACCGCGCUUACGAAGUAACCAUGGACUUGCUGAAGAAGUUAGCCGACAAACCGGCCCCUAAAGGGGAUUCCUCGGAAUUGACUCGUUUCUUACUGUACAGCGUAUUUGGGGUGGACAGCAAGUCAAGGCUUGCUGCCGAUGCCGCAUUGGCUACUGGUGAUCUGGACUUUGUGCUGGAUAGCUUGCAAACGGCGGCCAGGGUGGCUCGAGCAGACUCGAGGACCUUGAUCGCCGCAGAGGUGGAUAUGGCUAUCGCUCGAAUCUAUGAUCAGUCGAUUUUUGACCACUCGAAGGCAAUCAGGUGCUGGGAGAAGAUCAUUGAUACAUACUCUUCCUCCUCUUCCGGGACAUUGAUUGGGACUAUCAGACAGCUUGCCUCCUCGAACCUGGCUAAGGCAUUUCUCUCUAAUGCAGUCGAAGUUGGAGUUGGCACUCCAGAGGCGGAAGAAUCAGUGGCCAAACUUGAGAAUCUCGUUCACCAAAACACGCCUGAUCCAUCAGAAAGCUGGUCCUGUUUACCAGGUGUCUACUUGGGCGUCUACUGCCGCCUCCGAGGGCAAGAUGAGCGGGCGCGUGCUCUCUUCCGACCCUCCCUGCAACAAAGCGUUCGAGCCCUGGACGACGACCAUCCCACAGACUGGGAAAUCUCUGAUCUGCGCACCAUUUUUAUUAGGGCGGGAGACUUUAAGAAUGCUGUUGCAAUUGCGCAUAGGUCGGAACAGGACAGUAGCGACCCCUGGUAUACAUGUUGCGGCCCAUGCCGGCGAAAGGUACCCGUACCGGAUGGGUUCUCGAUUUGCCCCAUUUGUUUGGAGGAGCUGUGUCCGGACUGCGUCCAACUGGCGGAGGGCGUAAAGCCCAAGAAGAGAUGCAAUUCCCAGCAUGCUAAGUACUUUAUCACCAUUCCACGCCGCCUGGAGAAGGUCAAUGGCGGUAAGGUCUUGGUCGACGGCGAGGAGAUGGAGUUUAAGACUUGGUUGAAUCUGUUGAAGAAGGAAUGGGCUCUUGGGCCUUGUGAGCCUUUAAAUCCUACCGGAGCCCGCCAACUUGAUUUUGGUGACUUUUUAUUAGCCUGUGGAGAGCAUUUCUAG